UUUGUCACUUGGAGCUGACCUGAGAUUCAGACGACUGCGACGACACUCCGAGGCUCCCGCAACACCAUCAAUGGCUGCCGUUAACGAAAAAUUGGUCCUCUCACUUGUUAUGUGGUUAUUUCCGCUUCUUCCUAUCACUAUCGCUUACAGAGCCGGGGAUAUCGUUCCCAUGAGCAGGAUGGGUCAAUACCACUCUUCAAGAACGGUGUGGCACGACCUGAUUGGCCGGCAUUGCCCCGUCUUCGGAGUAAAUCGUGAGGUUUUGAUGCCGAUUCCAAAGCCGACAGGUUUUACAGGGGCUGAUCCUUAUAAAAUAUCAUUUCAAGUUGGAAGGGAAAAGUUCUUUAUCCCAUGGCUUCUGGUGAUAAAUCGGAAAAGUACUGAGGUUCCAAUGAUUGAAGUGAACUUGAGGUACUCUGGAAGUGAUUUGCUUGGCGUCACUGCAAAAGUUUUGGACAUGCCUCACCAUUAUAUUGAAAUGCAUCCUGAGAUUCGUAAGCAGUUCUGGGAUUCUCAGCACUGGCCAAAGCAUAUACUUGUCAGAUAUACAUGGAAGGAGCAAUCUGAGAUAGAUGUGACUUCUGGGUUUUUUGUUCUGUUUGGAUCAGGACUUGCGUUGUCUUUUAUCCUCGCGAUCUAUGUAUUGCAGUCAUCACGAGACAAAUUGGAAAGGUUUGUAAGAGAGACUGUAGCAGAAACCAGCAUGCCUGGAGUGGUGGAAGUAGCAAAGGUUGAAUGACCAAAUGCUUCAAGCUCAUACAUUGUAAUAUAAGUAGGACACUGUAUAAAUGAUAUCCAAAUCACUGUUGUAAUCUUCACAAAGUAGUUAAAUUCUGGCUCUGCGCUGUAGGAACUAAUAAUACAUUCACAUAUAGCAUUUUCCAAAAGAUUUUGAUUU